GAAGUGCAAGAGGAAAUGUUUGACAACAAAGGCCCGAAACUUGAGAUGCAUGCCGAGGGUGCGAUUAAAAGGAUAGGGUUUUGGAAUUGCAUGGUAACAUGUCUGGCCUUAGGCCUGUCAUUAUGGGGUGUCGAGGACGUUCUGAAAGGAAUGAGACAGGCAGCUUUUAGAAGGGAUGAUAACUUGCGCCACAGUCCAGGAGGCAGCUCGCUCGGGCCAGCUGAAUAUAAGGCUGUCAAACUUAACAGUUUCGCGAAGGUAAUCUGA